CAGCGGGAAGAAGAAGAGCAGAAUCGGGAAUGGCUGGGAAGGAAAGAAAGAAAGAAAAAGAAAAAGAAAAGAAGUCAUCCUUAUCCAAAAUCUUUCCCUCUUUAAGUCCCUCAACUUUUGAAAUAUUCACAUUAAGCCCCAAAACAAUCUUUUCUCACAAUCAAGUCCCUAACUUCCACUUAAAUAUUCCCAAAAUUUUGGGAUAUUACACUCACCCCUCCUAAAAAGGAGUUUUGUCCCCAAAAACUCAAAUUGAGGACCAUUUCAAGUGGUGAGUGGCUUCACACAAUCCGAGACAAAACAAAUGUCCCACUCACUUUCUAUGAACAAAAUGGCCUACUACGCUUCCGCUGCGCCACUCUGAUAUCAAAUCACGACUAAUCUUAAAAGCAGAACACUAAUUACUUAAUAGGGUUUACCAUGAAAUGAGCUACUAGAGGCUGGGGUGAUAUGGGGAGCACAAGGAAUAAAAAUAAAUCCUGCCAAAGCCACAAAAGAACAAUUGUGGGGUUACGCUAUGAACCCAUCACAAGACGAGUUGACAAAGAAUGGCAUGGAUUUAAAGACUAGUACAACAAAACUUUGAACUCUAUCAAAGACGGAUAAGCAUCCAAUGGAUAUAUAGAUCAUGAAUAAUGAACGAGUGCAUGGAUGUCUUAUACAUUCUGCCACAAAACAAGGUUAACCUAUAAGCAGGGUCAUGUUUAACAAAGCAAUUGGAAUCAAGAAAUAGAUUUUAGCAAU